UCCCACAGAGAACCCAAAAAAAGAAAUGUGACCUGUGGCCAUCAGAUUGUCAAUCCAACGGUUCAACUGCAAACGGGCGGACUUCUCUUAACAAGGGAGUUGUAAAAGGUGACAAAACUGCUGUGGCAAAUGUUGAUCAGCCUAUAUGUGCGUCAACGCCUUCAAGUAUGGUGUAUUGUGUCAAGUUUUCUUCUGAUCAUGUCAGAAUCAGUCAGAUGUAAUGCCUGAUAACGUUUUUGUAAAAUCUUGUUUGUUUUUUAAUAUAUGAUGAUGAUGAUGAUGAUGAUGAUGUCACUCAUAUUGUGCACCCUGAGAAGUUUCCUCUCAUUGUUUCAUUUCCUUGGAUUUCUGUGACAGAUGUGCCAGCACGUGGAUGCUUAUGGUCUUUUCCGUUUUGAACGGCCGGGACUCUAUUCUUACUACUUCAGCAACAUCACUGCGCUGAGAAGAGAAAAUCUCGUCAAGGCAGAACUUGAAACAUUGAUGUCAUUGCAUGAGGAAGGUGCUCUCACUGUAUGGAGCUGCAUACAAGAUUGCUGGAUGUCUCAUGGUAAGUGUCUGGUUUGCCUGAAUAUGACUCGCAAAGAGUUUGAGAGCCGGCAGCAGUGGACGGAUGCUGAAUUGACUGCAAGUGCAUGCUGGGAGAGGAGAGUGGAGGAGUCGCAGAAAUGGCGAGAAGAACGGCAGCAACCAAUGCCAUGGGGAUCCUCGGGUUUGAAGUAUCGCAAGUCGUUGACAAAGCUGAAGGUUCAAGAAGACCAACCACACAAGGAGGUGACGAGCGGGGGAAGGGUAUUACAAGAGCCAGGUGGAAUACUGAUCGAUAAGAGGCCAUUGAUCAGUAAUGAUGCUCAGAAGGUAGUGUGGGACAGAGUCCUUACCGACAGUGAUUUCUGGAGACAGAGAUAUGAGGGGAAAGGCCUGGAAGUGUUGUCAUUUUCCGAGUUAUUGGCGUAUUUCCACCACUACUCACUUGUAGUUCCAAGGACGAGAAAACAAAUGGAGGCAACGAUCAAAGCUCAUCAGCGGUUCUUAGCCAAUCAGCUGGAUGAGAUACAAGACAAGGCAGCCGAGUUGCUUGAGAAGCCGAUGAAGCGAGGAGCCACGGUGCAGGGUACACCUGCGCCCUCCUCAGUAGUGGGUUUUCCGACCUCUCCGUCACGGUUCGCCCCUCUCGCGACUGGAGUUGAGGUAUCGCAGGACUCGAUAGAGUGUACUCAGCCCUCUGUCGUAGUACCGUCUGCGCCUCCGCAGACCACCGUCUCCCCUCCUUCCCCGCCGCGACUACCAACGCGUCGAGCCAUUCGCUCAGCCCGUUGCAGCGAGCAGCUUGCUACUCGCGAGGACGUUGUGCCCUCUCUUCUGGACUUGAGCAUGCUCCAAGCUCGUCAGGAGCGACUCACCCUCCAUGUCGCUGCACUGCGUCGCCUUCUCGCCAUCCUCUUUGACCCUGAUCGCAUCCUCCCGAUCAUCCCAGUACGACUCGGGACCUCCACGAGGGUGUACUCAGCGCUGUGGGACUCCGGUUCUCAGGGCGACUUCAUUCACCCACGCGUGGUGAAAGAAGCCCGCUUACCCACGACAGAGUCUCCGACUCCCAUCUCCGUUACCUUAGGGGAUGACAAGACCCAACGCUUCUUCGAUCAGACGGUCACUGACCUCCCUUUCUUCCUCACUCUCGAGCCGACUGAUCGUUCCCCAACGUCUCGUCGCCACCGCUCCUCUGCACAUUUCGAUGUGAUGGAGACGGGGUACGACUUCAUUCUCGGCACUCCGUGGUCUUGCCGGUUCCGCAGCACCGAGGCCGAUUGGGCGACCAACACUCUCGUUCUCAAAACGAAGUGUGGACAGACAUAUCGCGUACCUUUCAUAGGUACCACCGCGACACCACGCCCCGAUCCUCCUCCCCCGGAGCCUUUCGUGCCCACACGAUCUCCUUCUAUCACUGUCACCUCGCCUCGGCAGUUCGCUCACUUCAUCCGACAGGACGACGUCACCUUCUUUAUGGUGAACGUGACGGAUCUCUUACACUAUGACCCACCCUGUCCCGACGCUGAGCUCAUCCCUCUGGAGCCAGACCCUCCUUCCAUCUUCAUAGCUCCCAUCUCUACUUCCGUUCCUCCGCCGUCCGUCGAGUUCACCCCGCCGUCGCGCGCUGACGCUGACGCUGAGGAACUUGCACGAUAUACGGCCGACUUAGAGCCCGCAGUUCGUGACCUCAUCCGAGAGUACCACGACGUUUUCCCAUCGUCGUUCUCGUACGCUGGCAUCCCACCGAUGCGCGACGUUGAGCACUCCAUCCAGCUUGUGCCUAACUAUCGUGCUUUUCUGACAAAACUGAAGCUCACUCCUCGACAGGCUCGCUGGUGGCGCGACCUAUUCGAGUUUAGUUUCACCACUGAGCACAUCAAGGGUGAAACUAAUCGGGUCGCAGAUGCCUUAUCCCGGCGCCCUAACCAUGACCAGGAGCAGAUCCAGCUCUCUUCCAUCUUGGUCACCACCGUCCACCACUCGGUGAUCGACGAGUUUCGCACUCAGUACCGCCACUGCCCCGACUAUCGCGACAUCCACGCGACCCUUCGGAGUGGCAAGACCGUCCCAAACUACUCUCUCGGGGACAACGGUCUUGUGUACUGGCACGAUUCACAGGGCACCAGAGAGCCCCGUAUUUGCGUUCCCUCCACUGGACAGCUACGUGUCCGAGCAGUAGCAGAGUUCCAUGACCAGGCAGCCGCCGAUCAUAUGGGCUUCCACAAGACGUUGGGUCGUGUGAGCCGCCUGUAUGUCUGGCCGAAGCACAAGGACUUUGUGAAGGACUACGUCGCAGAGUGUCCCACCUGUCAGGAGGUGAAUAGUGCGAACCACCUACCUUAUGGUUUGCUCCAGCCUCUUCCUAUCCCUGAGGGUCGUUGGAAGUCCAUCUCGAUGGACUUUAUCGGUCCUCUUCGUCCUCCGACUCCCCGCGGUCAUGAUGCUAUCCUGGUCGUCGUCGACCGCUUCACGAAGCUUGCACGCUUUGUUCCAUGCCGCUACGCCAUUAGUGCACGUGAGGUUACCGACAUCGUGUUUGAUCGAGUCGUGCGUGACCACGGCUUACCUCUGAGCAUCAUAUCUGACCGUGAGCCGCGCUUUACUAGCCGAUUCUGGCGACGGCUUCACGAGGUAUAUGGCACUCGGCUCCGCUUCUCCUCAUCUUACCAUCCUCAGACUGAUGGUCAGACCGAGAUCACGAAUAGGACUCUCGGAGAUAUUCUCCGAAAGAUUGUUCGUGACGACCAGCAGUGGGAUCUCCAUCUUGCCCACGCGGAGAUUUGCCUACAACCACGCCGUCUCGCCAGCCACGGGGAUGUCGCCUUACUAUUGCGACCUCGGCUAUCACCUUCGUGUUCCCGCGGACUUCCUUCAACCGUCACAGAUGCACCCCAACACGAGUUGUCCCGCGCUGGAUGAUUGGGUUGCACACAUGACGUCGAUCAUGAAGACCGCACAUGAGCACAUAGCCGCUUCCCAGACCCG